CCGCCACCUCACCCUGGUUAACCCUCCCUCAACCAUGGUUAACAAACAACUCUUGACCUUAGUUAGCUCUCCCUCUCUUUAAUACCUGCUCCUACUCAUUCACUGAUUCACUCUCUUCUUACUCUACCAGCUCUUUCUUCAGUCCUGCUUCCUAACUUCCAACCAUGGCCGCCUUACUGCCUAUCUUCCUGUUUCUCGCUCUUACUGCCCUCACCGCCUCCGUUUUGGCCCACAAUAUCACCGAGAUUCUCUCUAGUUUCCCGGAAUACUCCGACUACAACAAAUUCUUGACCCAAACAAAGCUCGCCGACGACAUCAACACCCGCCAAACGAUCACCGUCCUUAUCCUGAACAAUGGGGCCAUGUCCGCCCUCACCAAACACCCCCUCUCCGUUAUCAAGAACACACUCCGCCUCCUUGUCCUCCUUGAUUACUAUGACCCACCUAAGCUCCAUCAAAUCUCCAAGGGUUCCACCCUCACUACCACUCUCUACCAAACUACCGGAAAUGUCCCAGGGAAUUUGGGUUUUGUGAACAUUACCGAUCUCCGGGGUGGCAAGGUCGGCUUCGAUUCCGUUGCUCCGGGCUCCAAGCUCAACUCCAUCUACACCAAGUCCAUCAAGCAAAUCGCCUACAACAUCUCCGUCCUUGAGAUCAGCUCCUUCAUCGACUCGCCGGGGCUCCUGACGGCACCGGCUCCAUCGGCUUCGGACGUAAACAUCACGGCUGCACUUGAAAAGGCUGGUUGCAAAACUUUUGCAUCAUUAAUUGUUGCCAACGGUGUGAUCAAAAUGUACGAGGGGGCGCUGAAGACCACCAAGGAUCCAACUACAUUAGCAACUAAUGGUGCCUUAAAGUAUGACCUGACCGUUACAUUAGCUGGUGACUCGGUCACGCUUCACACUGGAGUCGACUCGUCCAGAGUUGCUGAAACGGUGCUCGACGCAACGCCUUUGGUGAUCUUCAGCGUGGAUAGCGUGCUUCUUCCAACCGAAUUGUUCGGGAAAUCACCUUCUCCAGCACCGGCACCAUCACCGACGUCUCCGAGCCCCGUGCCGGUUGUGGCACCUUCUCCGGUGACUGAGGCGCCGUUGCCGUUGUCGGCAUCUCCCCCUGCCCCACAGACAGAGACACCGGGAGGUGCUCCGGUAGACGCGCCUUCUCAUAAGUCGCAGAACAGCACCUCAAAUAACGGAGCUGGUCACGUUAAGGGAUCUGCAUUGGUGGCAGUACUGAUCACUCUAUCCAUCACUGUACUUUCACCCAUUGUCUUGUCCUAAAUGGUAAAUUCGGAGGGUCUGAAAUUUUGUGUUUUUAUUUUGCUAGGAGUUUUUUCUUUUUACCGCUUAAAUUUAUUUGAUUAAUGGGUGAAGGAAGGUAGGGGUAAAGUGAGCUAGUUGCGUAUUUUAGCAGCCACUGGGUGUUGAGGUGUGAAUGUUGCAUUUGUUCAGCCUUUUUUUCAUUUUUGUUGGUGUAUUUGAUUUGUUUUAUUUUAGGAGAUUGUGAAA